GAAAAAAAUUCAAACCUCAAAAUUGACUUUCUCUCUUAACAUACGAUUCACAUUCAGUCAUUCCCAGAACCCAAUUCCGAAAAUGCAGCGAUUAUUUCGCACACGCCCGCGCCUCGUCUUCGCGGCCACAGCAGUAGCAGGUACUUCGUGUACCGCUGCAGCGGCGUUGUACCUUAGGAUACGUGAUUGUCGGUUCGAACCAUUCGGCCCGGAGACAGAUCGAGUUUUCUUUGCGCAUUCGCUGUUUAAGCAGACGAAUCCCUUUAACAAGCCAAUGUCGGCCGAUUCGUGUGUGCGGGAGGUCCCGUUCGAGAGGCUGGAUCAAGAGCUGCUUGAGGAUGCACGUGCGGGGGGCACGAAGCUUAUUGAAAGGUUUUCGCAAGGGCUUUGGGGAGGUUCAGGUUAUGCUAUUCAGAGAAGGAUCAUGGAAUUUACGAAGAAUGAUGAGAACAAGGAAGACGUGUGGUCUAAAGAAGACCUACUCGCAUGCAAAUAUUCACCAGGUACAUAUCUCACAAACCACUUCCUGGUUCUCUCCAAGACACCAACGUCCAUCAUGUUGCGCGGCUGCUUCGACCCACAUCACUCAACGCCAAGACCAGUGAAUGUGGAUAACCUUAUCGACUUGCAAGCUUAUAUCGACCAAGAGAAGAGAGCUGCAGUUUUCAAACUCCGUGCAGCGACGUUUGAUGGGACGGAGGAGGCGAGCGAGAAAGAGGAUCCGUUCGGAGGCGUGGGUGGGUGGUUGCAUAGGCAGUAUUCUUCGUUGUUGGUUGAAUCUGGAGCGCAGAAUUGUAUGAUGUAGAGUUGCUUGAGUAACAUGUAUUAUUGUGUAUUAGAUGGGUGUAUAUUAUUGUAGACUAAGAUAGAUGUACAUUAUUGUAUGAUAAGAUAGAUAGACAUGUAUUUCGCAUUAGAACGCUUCUAGAGUACCG